CGCAUUGGCGCCAUUUUGGAGGCAGGAGGGGACGCGCGCUGCAGAGAGGACGCGAGUCAUCACAAUUCAUCACAAAACAGGCAGUGAAGAGCUCGGGAGGAUGGCUCACUCUAAAGCUCGAGCCGCGGACGGGAAGGUCACCUACCCGCCGGGGGUGAAGGAGAUAGCGGACAAGAUCUCCAAAGAGGAAAUGGUUCGCCGGCUGAAGAUGGUGGUGAAGACCUUCAUGGACAUGGACCAGGACUCCGAGGAGGAGAAGGAGCUCUACCUGAACCUGGCCCUCCACCUGGCCUCGGACUUCUUCCUCAAGCACCCCGACAAAGACGUGCGGCUGCUGGUGGCGUGCUGCCUGGCCGACAUUUUCCGCAUCUACGCCCCGGAGGCGCCGUACACGUCCCCCGAUAAGCUGAAGGACAUUUUCAUGUUCAUCACCAGACAGCUGAAAGGUCUGGAGGACACAAAAAGCGCUCAGUUCAACAGAUACUUCUACCUGCUGGAGAACAUUGCCUGGGUCAAGUCCUACAACAUCUGCUUUGAGCUGGAAGACAGCAACGAGAUCUUCACCCAGCUGUACAGAACUCUCUUCCAGGUCAUCAACAACGGCCACAACCAGAAGGUGCACAUGCACAUGGUGGACCUGAUGAGCUCCAUCGUCUGCGAGGGAGACACCGUGUCCCAGGAGCUGCUGGACACCAUCCUGGUCAACUUGGUGCCGGCCCACAAGAACCUGAACAAGCAAGCGUACGACCUGGCCAAGGCCCUGCUGAAGAGGACGGCUCAGGCUAUCGAACCUUACAUCACCAACUUCUUCAACCAGGUGCUGAUGCUGGGCAAGACGUCGGUCAGCGACCUGUCUGAGCACGUGUUCGACCUCAUCCUGGAGCUCUACAACAUCGACUGUCACCUGCUGCUGUCCGUGCUGCCCCAGCUGGAGUUCAAGCUCAAGAGUAACGACAAUGACGAGAGGCUGCAGGUGGUCAAGCUGCUGGCCAAGAUGUUCGGGGCCAAGGACUCUGAGUUGGCGGCGCAGAAUAAACCUCUGUGGCAGUGCUACCUGGGCAGGUUCAAUGACAUCCACGUGCCCAUCAGACUGGAGUGUGUCAAGUUUGCCAGCCAUUGUCUGAUGAACCAUCCUGACCUGGCCAAAGACCUGACAGAAUACCUGCGGGUCAGGUCACACGACCCCGAGGAGGCCAUCCGCCACGACGUCAUCGUUUCCAUCGUAACCGCCGCCAAGAAGGACCUGUCUCUCGUCAACGACGCCUUGCUCAACUUUGUUAAAGAGCGGACACUGGACAAGAGAUGGCGUGUGCGCAAGGAGGCCAUGAUGGGCCUGGCGUCCAUCUACAAGAAGUACUCCCUGCAGGGCGAAGGGGGGCGCGAGGCGUCCAAGCAGAUUUCGUGGAUCAAAGAUAAGCUGCUGCACAUCUACUACCAGAACAGUAUUGACGACAGGCUACUUGUGGAGCGGGUCUUUGCCCAGUAUAUGGUUCCUCACAACCUGGAGACAGCAGAGAGGAUGAAGUGUCUCUACUACCUCUAUGCCACCUUGGACACAAACGCUGUCAAAGCUCUCAAUGAGAUGUGGAAAUGUCAGAAUCUGCUGAGGCACCAUGUCAAAGAUCUGUUGGACCUGGUCAAAAAACCCAAGUCUGAAUCAUCUAGCAAGGCUGUUUUUGCCAAAGUCAUGGUCAUCACAAGGAACCUUCCGGAUCCGGGAAAGGCUCAAGACUUUGUCAAGAAGCUGGCUCAGGUCCUGGAGGACGACGAGAGAAUCCGAGACCAGCUGGAGACUUUGGUCAGCCCGGCGUGCUCCUGCAAGCAGGCCGAGGUCUGCGUGCGAGACAUCACCAAGAAGCUCGGCAGCCCCAAGCAGCCCAGCAAUCCCUUCUUGGAGAUGGUCAAGUUCCUCUUGGAGAGAAUCGCUCCCGUGCACAUCGACACCGAGUCCAUCAGCGCGCUGAUCAAACAGGUCAACAAGUCAAUAGAAGGGACCGCUGAUGAUGACGAGGAGGGCGUUCCCACGGACAGCGCCAUCCGAGCCGGACUUGAACUGCUGAAGGUGUUGUCCUUCACACACCCCGUCUCCUUCCACUCUGCCGAGACCUUCGAGUCUCUGCUGGGCUGCCUGAAGAUGGACGACGAGAAGGUGGCCGAGGCCGCCCUGCAGAUCUUCAAGAACACGGGCAGCAAGAUGGAGGAGAGCUUCCCUCACAUCAAAUCUGUUUUGCUGCCGGUACUGCAGGCCAAAGCCAAGCGUGGCCCUCCCCGCCAGGCCAAGUACUCCAUCUAUUGCAUCAACGCCAUGUUCACCAACAGAGACACACACUUUGCUCAGAUCUUUGAGCCUCUACACAAAGGUCUAGACCCAGCCAACCUGGAGCAGCUCAUCACCCCUCUGACCACCUUAGGCCACCUGGCCCAACUGGCCCCAGAGCAGUUUGCUGCUCCUCUCAAGUCGCUGGUGGCCAACUUCAUAGUAAAAGAUCUGCUGAUGAACGACAGGGUUCCAGGCAAGAAGACGACCAAACUUUGGGUCCCUGACGAUGAGGUUUCCCCCGAGACCAUGGCAAAGAUUCAGGGCAUCAAGCUGAUGGUGAGGUGGUUGCUGGGAGUGAAGAACAAUCAGAGCAAGUCGGGCAACUCCACGCUGCGCAUGUUGACCGCUAUUCUGCACAGUGAUGGAGAUCUCACCGAGCAAGGCAGGAUGGGCAAACCGGACAUGUCGAGGUUACGACUCGCGGCCGCCUGCGCCCUCCUAAAGCUGGCCCAGGAGCCGUGUUAUCACGAAAUCGUCACCCUGGAGCAGUAUCAGCUGUGCUCGCUCGUCAUCAACGACGAGUGUUACCAGGUGCGUCAGGGUUUCUCCCAGAAGCUCCACCGGGGUCUUUGCCGCCUGCGCCUGCCUCUGGAGUACAUGGCCGUCUUCGCUCUGUGCGCCAAGGACCCGGUCAAGGAGCGGCGGGCCCACGCGCGCCAGUGCUUAGUGAAGAACGUCAACAUACGGCGCGAGUACCUCAAGCAGCACGCCGCCAUCAGCGACAAGCUGUUCUCGCUGCUGCCGGAGUACGUGGUGCCCUACGCCAUCCACCUGCUGGCGCACGACCCCGACUACGUCAAAGUGCAGGACAUCGAGCAGCUCAAGGACAUCAAAGAAGCUCUGUGGUUCGUGCUGGAGAUCAUCAUGGCCAAGAACGAGAACAACAGCCACGCCUUCAUCAGGAAAAUGGUGGAGAACAUCAAACAGACGAAAGAUGCUCAGGCGGCCAGCGACUCAAAAACAAAUGAGAAGCUGUACACGGUGUGUGACGUCGCCAUGAACAUCAUCAUAUCCAAGAGCACCACCUACAGCCUGGAGUCCCCCAAAGACCCCGUGCUGCCCAGCAGGUUCUUCACCAAGCCCGAUAAGAACUUCAGCAACACAAAGAACUAUCUCCCGCCUGAGAUGAAGUCCUUCUUCGUGCCAGGGAAACCCAAGUCGGCCAACGUGUUGGGCGCCGUCAACAAGCCGCUGUCGUCCGCCGGCAAGCAGAUCCCCAGCAAGGCGUCCCGCAUGGAGACGGUCACCAACGACGACUCCUCGUCCAACCCUGGCUCUCCUCAGCGCAACAAGAGCAGGCUGGACACUUCUGAGUUGGACCACAGUGAGAACGAGGACUAUGGCAGCACAGACAAGGAGAGUGAGAAAGGGCGCGGGCGUAAGCGCGGCGUGACGGCGUGCAGCGAGGACGUGGACAGCAGGCCCAAGCGUGGACGCAAGAAGGCGGCGGCCAUGGCCAGCACAGAGUGUGAGGACCAGUGGACACCAGACACCCAGCCGGAGGACGAGCAGAACAGCCCACCCAAAAAGGGACGUCGGGGGCGGCCCCCCAAGGCCGCCCCCGCCAACCAGGACACGCCCACCAAAGGGAAGAGGGGGCGGAAGAAGGCGGCUCCUCCCCCGGAGGAGGAGGAGGAGGAGGAGGAAGAGGAGGAGAGGGCGGGGGAGGAGGAGGAGGAAGAUGAAGACGUGAGCAGUGAAAACGUGGAGGUGAAGACCAGAGGAGGACGACUGACUCGCACACCUCGACGAUCACAAGGCAGCACUGAGUCGGUAGCAGAGUCCGCACCACAGAAGAGGAGAGGAAGACCACCCAAGUCAGCUCAGCCGCCCGCCAAGAAGCCCACGCGCGCAGGACGGUCCAAGACGGCUGCCGCUAAAGAAGACUCUGAGGAUGAAGAGGAGCAGGAGGAGGAAGAGCAGCAGGACGAGCCCACACCCAAGGGUCGUAAGAAAGCGGCGGGGCGAAGAAGAUGAGCCUGCGGGCGCCGACGAGCGAAGGAGUGACGUACGGAAUGAAUUAUGGACAUAGAACUUUUUCAACUUUUCAUACCCGGUUGCUGCCCCUGUUACACACACACACACUCACACACUCACACACACACACACUUGCAUCACCCACGUGCACACUACUUCCUGUGUUGCAGCGUCGUGUUGUGUUGUUGUCGUUGUCGUUGGCCACCUUAGCUUAGACAUGGUUUGAAGAGUGCUUGUAAAUAGUCUCUUUUUGUGCGUUUCAUGUUCGGUUUGUCGUGUCGGAUGCUGACUGGGAGGGAGUCUGGCUUUGUUGUUAUUAUUAUUAUUAUUAUUAUUAUUAGAAAUACAAAAAAAGUGCUCCCAUCAAGCUGACCCCUCCUUAUGAGAUUAACCCGUUUUUGUGACGUCCCGUUUUAAACUCGCCUUUUUGUUUACAGCCCUGUACAUUAAUUCCUUUUUUUCUUUUUUUUACCAUGUAUUAAAAAUGUACAAAAUAUCCCAGGCCUGUUUUCACGUGGAGUUUAAUCUGGAUGGACAGAAUCCUCCCGAAACGCUGCUGGUUUGGUGCUCAUUUUAUUCAAUCCCUUCAAAUAAACACAAAUCAGUUCAA